GGGCUCUGAAAAUCAAGGUUCCAGUACAAAAACACAGACUACUGUUAAUAAUGAACAAGAAGAAAAUAAACAGGAAGAAAACGAAGGUGAAGAUGUAAUUGCCGACGAAAGUAGUACGAUGUGUGUUAAGGAUAUCCUUGAAGACUCGAUUCAAGUUUCAUCUGUCAUAAAGGAAGUUACAAAAAUCUUUUUAGUUUUUGAUGAAAUUGACAAAUAUAUUAUUGAUGAUAUCCACGAAUAUCUUACGUCGUUUUUCAAUGAAGAUUUCACUGCGCAGGGCUGGGAUAAUGCCAUCAACAAUAUAGACUUCAAUAGAACGUUUUCAUUGGAGGAUAUUAAUCCGUUGAGGGAUAUUACAAUCCUGGAAAGGCCGCAUCUUAACCAGUUUGUGCACCCAAUAAUCGACUCGGCAUUGUGGAAUUUUGCCAAGGUUAAUUACACGUAG